GGUCUCCUUUACAGGAAGAGAGCUAUUCAGUCAGACAGACCACCUGUCACGUUGUGCAGGCUCUCCCGAGGAAGUCAGAGUCUGAGCCAGCAUGAAGACUGAGCCCUGUCUUCGCUCUGAUUCGUAAACCAUGCUUUUGUCCUAAUCAUGUGCAGAGUGGAGGUCAUAGCAUGGAAACUGAAAUCUUACUUCCUGCUUGACAUAACUCGCUUCAAGAAGUACACAAUGUCAGAACGUGGAAUUAAGUGGGCUUGUGAAUAUUGUACGUACGAGAACUGGCCGUCCGCCAUCAAGUGUACCAUGUGUCGUGCGCAGAGACCGAGCGGAACUAUCAUUACCGAAGACCCAUUCAAAAGCGGGUCGAGCGACGUUGGUCGAGACUGGGACCCUUCUAGCACUGAAGGAGGAAGCAGUCCUUUGAUAUGCCCAGACUCCAGCGCGAGACCGAGGGUCAAGUCUUCGUACAGCAUGGAAAAUGCAAACAAAUGGUCGUGCCACAUGUGCACGUACUUGAACUGGCCGAGGGCAAUCAGAUGUACCCAGUGCUUGUCCCAGCGCAGGACCAGGAGCCCCACAGAGUCUCCUCAAUCCUCGGGAUCUGGUUCAAGGCCCGUUGCGUUUUCUGUUGACCCUUGUGAGGAAUACAAUGACAGAAAUAAACCGAACACGAGGACCCAGCAUUGGACUUGUUCUAUUUGCACGUAUGAGAACUGGGCCAAGGCCAAAAAAUGUGUCGUCUGCGAUCACCCCAGACCUAAUAACAUUGAAGCAAUAGAGUUGGCAGAGACUGAAGAGGCUUCUUCGAUCAUAAAUGAGCAAGACAGAGCUCGGUGGAGGGGGGGCUGCAGCAGCGGCAACAGCCAGAGAAGAUCGCCCCCCACUGCGAAGCGGGACUCGGAAGUGAACAUGGAUUUUCAGAGGAUCGAGCUGGCCGGUGCCGUUGGCAGCAAGGAGGAGCUUGAAGUAGACUUUAAAAAGCUAAAGCAAAUUAAGAACAGGAUGAAAAAGACCGAUUGGCUCUUCCUCAAUGCUUGUGUCGGAGUUGUAGAAGGUGAUUUAGCUGCUAUAGAGGCGUACAAGUCGUCAGGAGGGGACAUUGCCCGGCAGCUCACUGCGGAUGAGGUGCGCUUGCUGAACCGCCCUUCGGCCUUUGACGUCGGCUACACUCUGGUGCACCUGGCCAUCCGCUUCCAGAGGCAGGAUAUGCUGGCGAUACUGCUCACGGAGGUGUCUCAGCAAGCGGCCAAGUGCAUCCCGGCCAUGGUGUGCCCGGAGCUGACGGAGCAGAUCCGGCGCGAGAUAGCGGCCUCUCUGCACCAGAGGAAGGGGGACUUCGCCUGCUACUUCCUCACUGACCUGGUCACCUUCACGCUGCCGGCAGAUAUCGAAGACUUGCCUCCCACAGUCCAAGAAAAAUUAUUCGAUGAGGUACUUGACAGAGAUGUUCAAAAAGAGUUAGAAGAAGAAUCUCCCAUUAUAAACUGGUCCUUGGAAUUGGCGACGCGCUUGGAUAGUCGGCUCUACGCACUUUGGAACCGGACUGCCGGGGACUGCUUACUUGACUCGGUGCUGCAGGCGACCUGGGGCAUUUACGACAAGGACUCGGUGCUUCGGAAAGCCCUGCACGACAGCCUGCACGACUGCUCGCACUGGUUUUACACACGUUGGAAAGAUUGGGAAUCAUGGUAUUCUCAGAGCUUUGGUUUACACUUUUCCUUGAGGGAAGAACAGUGGCAAGAAGACUGGGCGUUCAUACUCUCUCUUGCUAGCCAGCCCGGGGCCAGCCUGGAGCAGACGCACAUCUUCGUCCUCGCGCACAUCCUGCGACGGCCCAUCAUCGUGUACGGAGUCAAGUACUACAAAAGCUUCCGGGGGGAGACGCUGGGGUACACUCGGUUUCAAGGUGUGUACUUGCCCUUGUUGUGGGAACAGAGUUUCUGCUGGAAAAGCCCAAUCGCCCUGGGUUACACGAGAGGCCACUUCUCUGCCUUGGUCGCCAUGGAGAACGACGGCUACGGCAACCGAGGUGCUGGUGCUAACCUGAACACGGACGACGACGUCACCAUCACCUUCCUGCCCCUGGUGGACAGCGAGAGGAAGCUGCUUCACGUGCACUUCCUCUCCGCGCAGGAGCUGGGUAACGAGGAGCAGCAGGAGAAGCUGCUCCGGGAGUGGCUGGACUGCUGCGUGACGGAGGGCGGCGUGCUGGUCGCCAUGCAGAAGAGCUCUCGGCGGCGGAACCACCCCCUGGUCACACACAUGGUGGAGAAGUGGCUUGACCGCUACCGGCAGAUCCGGCCUUGUGCGUCCCUGUCCGAUGGGGAGGAAGACGAAGACGACGAAGAUGAAUGAGAAACACAAGCCGAAGACCAAGGUAUCAGUCCUGUAGCGACCCCAAAGUUAGUGCGGCGUCCACGCGGUGCGCGUGGCAUGGAACCCGCGGCCCAGCUGGACCUGCUCGGAGGCGGCUUCCGACCCACGCCCAGCGGGGGCGGGGGCGGGGGCGCGGGCGCGCGUCUGCCGAGCGAGGACGCCGAGAGCUUCGUUCGGACUCGUCUGUACAAACGCGCCUCCCUAGGACAGCCCUCCUCCUCUCAAACCCUAACUCUGUCUGUGAGUGUAGCGCAUGUGGUUGUGCAAGAAGUUGUGUAAUAGGAAAAGUCGUACCAGCAUCUUCACACUAUGAGACGUUUUUUCCAGCAUGGGCACCUCCAAAGCACAUGGCAGACGACUCUGUUCCUUCGAGACAUUUUUUUUUUAAGUAGAACCUGGCAUUCUACUCGCAUCUUAAAAGAUCCAUUUUACAUUAAGUCUCACUAGAGCUCCGUAGAGAUUUGGAAACUUUUUGUACAAAUUCUCCACAGGAAAACAUAAAAAUAAAAACAAGCUUAUUUUAUUAAUAAUUUAGUUCCUGUUGUGCCCAAUAAAAUCAAAUCUUUAAGGAACAAACUACAAGGAAAGUAAUUAAAUUUUUUAUUGAGUGAACUUUACAUAGAUACUGUUCCCUUGUUUUGGUUUCUUUUUU